CCACGAUGAGGUAUGAGGUCUCGUCAGUCAUCGAAUGUAUCCGGUCUUUUCGUUCGGUUGCCAUUUUGAGAGAGUUACGCCGACUAAUAUUAUAAAAAAUGGAGAACGACUUGGGAACUCUUGUCGACUUGUACAUCCCACGAAAAUGCUCUGCGAGCAAUCGCAUCAUCCAUGCCAAGGAUCAUGCAUCGAUACAGUUGACAUUGGCUGAUGUUGAUCCAGAAACUGGACGCAUGACUGAUACUCAUAAAAUGUAUGCAAUCUGUGGAGCAAUCCGUCGUAUGGGUGAAUCAGAUGAUUGUUUAGUGCGAUUGACAAAGAAAGAUGGGCUUUUACCGAAGAAUUUUUAAUAUAAAUUAUGUGACCAAUUUUCAAUAAACAUAAAAAAAA